AUGUACGUUGACCGACGCCUACCCGAGUUCACUGCAGGCCUGAAAGAUUUUCUCCGUGUGGCUGAGGAAAACCCACAGGCGGAUGGUUUUAUGUGUUGUCCAUGUGUUGAUUGUCGGAACUUAAAGCAAUACUGUAAAUGGCAAGUCCUUCACUCCCACCUGCUUUGCAAAGGUUUCAUGCCCAGCUAUAAUUGUUGGACCAAGUAUGGAGAAAGAGGGGUUAUGAUGGAAGACAAUGAAGAAGAAGAUUAUGAGGACAUCCCUAAUACACUACUACCUCCUCAAUAUGGAGGCAUCAAUGAUACUGCCACAGGGUAUGAUGAAGAUGAAGAGGCAGGGGAAGCUGAAGAUGAAGAGGCAUCAGAUGAGCCCGUUGAUGAUGAUCUUCGUCGGGCCAUCGAUGAUGCACACAGAGAAGCAGAAAGUGCAAACGAGAAGCGGAAGUUAAAGGGCAUGUUAGAGGAUCACAAAAAAAAGUUGCACCCAAAUUGCGAAAAAGGCAACACAAAGCUCGGUACCACACUGGAGUUGCUGCAAUGGAAGACAGGGGCUGGUAUAUGUGACAAGGCAUUUGAGAAGUUACUGAAAAUAAUGAAGAAGAAGCUUGCAAAAGAUAACGAAUUGCCUGACAGUACGUACGAAGCAAAGAAAGUUCUCUGCCCUCUAGGAUUAGAGGUGCAGAAGAUACAUGUAUGCAAUAAUGACUGCAUCCUCUACCGCGGUGAGGAGUACGAAAAUUUGGAAAAAUGCCCGGUAUGCACUACACUGCGGUAUAAGAUCAGGCGAGAUGACCCUGGUGAUGUUGAGGGCGAGCCCCCCAGGAAGAGAGUUCCUGCCAAGGUUAUGUGGUAUGCUCCUAUAAUACCACAGUUGAAACGUCUGUUCAGAAACAAAGAGCAUGACAGGUUGUUACGAUGGCAUAAAGAAAACCGUAAGAAAGAUGAGAUGGUGAGACACCCCGCUGAUGGGUCGCAGUGGAGAAAAAUCGAUAAAGAGUUCCUGGACUUUCUAGGUGACGCGAGGAACUUAAGGUUUGGUCUAAGUACAUAUGGCAUGAAUCCAUUUGGGGAGCAGAGCUGCAGCCCAAAGCAACCCGGCAACAACAUUGAUGUGUACCUAAGGCCAUUAUUUGAAGAACUCUUACAGUUGUGGGCCAAACCAGGUAUACAUGCGUGGGAUGAGCACAAACAGGAGCCAUUUGACCUACGAGCGUUGCUUUUCGUGACCAUCAAUGAUUGGCCUGCUCUUAGUAACCUUUCAGGACAGACAAACAAGGGAUACAAUGCAUGCACGCACUGUUUAGAUGAGACCGAAGGUGCAUAUUUGGAUAAAUGUAAGAAGGUUGUGUACCUGGGGCAUCGUCGAUUUCUUUCGAAGAGGCACGCCGCGAGAAAGAAAGGUAAGCAUUUCGGAGGUGAGGCAGAUCACCGGGAGAAGCCUGACCUCCGUACAGGUGAUGCUUUACUUGAUAUGGUCAAGGACAUAAAAGUAAUCUUUGGAAAGGUUCCUGGCGGUCAAUCUGUUCCGAAUGACAUCGCUACCGGACACGCACCCAUGUGGAAGAAGAAAUCUAUAUUUUGGGAGCUACCCUAUUGGAAAGACCUAGAGACGGAUAAAGGGCGUCAUUUAAGUCCUGCCAGCUACGCUCUUACCAAAGCAGAGAAGGAAAUAUUUUUUGAAGUCCUUUACAGUAUCAAGGUGCCGUCUGGCUUCUCAUCAAAUAUAAAGGGGAUUAUAAAUAUGGUAGAGAAAAAAUUCCAAAACCUGAAGUCGCAUGACUGCCACAUUAUUAUGACGCAGUUGCUUCCAGUUGCAUUGAGGGGGCUUCUGCCGGAAAAUGUUCGAAUACCCAUUGUGAAGCUAUGUGCAUUCCUCAAUGCAAUAUCUCAGAAGGUAAUCAAUCCAGCUAGUCUGCCAAGGCUACAGAAGGAUAUGGUGCAAUGUCUUGUUAGUUUUGAGUUGGUGUUUCCGCCAUCUUUCUUCAAUAUUAUGACGCAUCUCCUGGUUCACCUUGUCGAAGAGAUUGCCAUCAUCGGUCCUGUAUUUCUACACAAUACGUUCCCCUUCGAGAGGUUCAUGGGAGUCUUAAAGAAAUAUGUUCAUAACCGUGCUAGGCCAGAAGGAAGCAUCUCCAAGGGCUAUGAAACAGAGGAGGUCAUUGAGUUCUGUGUUGACUUUAUUCCUGACCUUAAGUCGAUUGGUGUUCCUGAAACGCGGCAUGAGGGGAGACUAAGUGGAAAAGACACGCUAGAAAAGAAAUCAAUGAUAUGUAUGGACGGGAUUUCUUUUACUCAAGCACACUACACAGUUUUACAAAGUUCCACCUUAGUGGCCCCGUAUAUCACUGAACACAAGAAUAUUCUGUACUUGUUGGCUGGGUCACCAUCUUCGACUGUACUGACUUUCCAAGGGUACGAGAUAAAUGGAAAUACCUUCGACCCGACCGCCCAAGAUAAAAAGAGCACCAACCAAAAUAGUGGUGUCCGCAUUGAUGCAACAAACAACAAUGGGGAAAAGGACACAUAUUAUGGUUAUAUAGAGGAGAUAUGGGAACUUGACUAUGGACCUUCUUUUAAGAUCCCUUUGUUUCGGUACAAAUGGGUCAAGCUGGAUGGAGUAGGGGUAAAGGUAGACCAGCUGUACGGAAUGUCAACAGUGGAUCUCAACAAUCUUGGUUACAGAGAUGAAUCAUUCGUCCUAGCAAUGAUCAAUGAUGUGGCUCAGGUUUUCUAUGUGAAGGACAUGUCCUCCAGACCGAAGAAAAGAAAACAUAAGCAAACGAGUUCAUCCGAUGAGCCAAAGCGUCACAUAGUUCUUUCAGGGAAAAGAAACAUCGCGGGAGUCGAGGACAAGACAGGCAUGUCAGAAGAUUAUAAUAAGUUUGGUGAAAUUACGCCCUUCACAGUGAACAUUGACCCAACCGUCGCGUUAAAUGCUGAAGAUGCUCCA